AUGUCUGGAAAGAAGAAAGCACAAAAGAUGUCAUUGUCUGACUUUUUAGCCAACGAUACCACUGGUGGUUCGUCUUGGGCUGAUGAUGUCGCCGACCUUCCCUCUGCUCCUGCUGGCAAAGAAGACAGAUCUGAUUCUUACGCUUCUCGUGGAUUCAGUGAUCGUGGCGAUCGCAGCUAUGGUGGCAAUGACCGUAACUAUGGUGGCAAUGAUCGCAGCUUUGGUGGUGAUCGUGGAGGCGACCGCUAUGAACGUAGUGAACGUGGUGGCUUCGAACAACGUGAGCGUUCUUUCGCUCCCCGUGCCCCUGUUGAUCUCCCCACUCAACCUCCUUAUACUGCUCAUGUUGCCAACUUAUCGUUCGAUGCUACUGACGAUGAUUUGACUGAUUUGUUCAGCAACUUGAAGAUCUCCAAGAUUCGUCUUGUGAAGGAUCGUGAGACUGAAAGAUCAAAGGGUUUUGGUUAUGUCGAAUUUGAGGAUGUUGAGUCUCUCAAGGGUGCCUUGGAAUUGUCUGGCGAGAGUGUUCAAGGACGUAAUAUUCGUGUCAACGUUGCUGAGCCACCUCGUGAUGGUGAGCGUGUCCGUCAACCUGAUCGUACUGAUGUCGAUUCAUGGCGUCGUACUGGUCCCAUUGACCUUCCCGAAGCUCCUCGUCGUGAAUUCAGAGAUGGCGGACGUGGUGGUUUUGGUGGUCGUGGUGGUCGUGGUGAUACCUCUUGGGGUCAUAGUGGCCGCGACAGUUUUGGUAGCCGUGAUCGUCCUUCCGAGCGCCCUCGUCUCAACUUGAAGCCUCGUACUGUUGACUCUGCAGCAUCUGCAGCUCCCAAGUCUACCGGUAGUAAGCCUGAUCCUUUCGGUGGAGCUAAGCCUGUUGAUACUGAUAAGGCUUUGCAUGAUAUUGAAAAGAAGCAUGAAGAGCCCAAAAAAGCCCAAGAGUAA